CAGCUCACAACCCCUAUUUGUCUAAACCUGACCCAGAGUGUUAACUGUUCCUGUGACUGGGUAUGAACUAGAAAAUGUACCUACAAACGUGUGGAUGAAAUUUCUAGAAUUAAUCUCUAGAAUUAAAGGAUAUUGAUUGAAGUUCUUUACCCUCAAGUUUAGGAAAUAAAAAAGCAAAGUUGACUAUGUGUACAGGAAGGUGGGCUAAGUGCACAGGCAAUCUGCUGUUUCCGUUGGCUCUGUGUUGCAUUGUAGCCAACAUUCUGCUCUUCUUUCCUAAUGGAGAGGUAUGGGGGACAGAGCAGAUAAUGGAGAGUGUCUGGUACUUCCCUGGAGUCAUUGGAGGAGGAGUGCUGGUGCUCCUACCUGCUUCAGUAAUGAGGGCAGCUGGAAUGGAGGGGAGCUGCUUUGCCAACAGAUGCGGGAUGAUGGUUUCCAUGCUGCUGUCUGCUGUGGGUGUGGCUGGAGCACUGUAUUGUAUGAUAGUCUCUGUGGUUGGGCUGCAGGAUGGCCCUCUCUGUGACACUGGAGAUGGCAUAUUUAUCUACCCCUUCUUCAAUCAGACUUUAAAUGAAAGCUACUUGUUUAAUCAGGAAGUUUGGGACGUGUGUGAGCAUCCAAAGAAUGCAGUUCUCUGGAACAUAGUUCUGUUUUCCAUUUUGUUGGGUGUUGGAACCCUGGAAGCUGUGCUCUCGCUGUCGCAAGUCGCCAAUGGCCUUCUGGGAUGCCUCUGUGGAACCUGCAUGAACAAGAGACAGGGUAAUAUGGCAUAAACAUCACUGCCUUAUCUCAUUCUGGAAUGGUGAAUCCUGUGUCUGAGACCUGUUCUGCUACCACAGCAGUUAGUUCAGCAACAUCAUCAUCUAACUAUACACUUGACCAAUCUAAAGAUGGAGACCAACCACACCAUUGCAACUGUAUGGAGAUACCUUUUAGUGAUCAUCGUUUUCUCCACAGUGAUUUCAUGAUGCUGCUGGAAUUAAAGCUAUAAACUUGAGACCUCACAUAUAAAACAUUUGUACUUACAGCUUCAAGUAGUAAUUUGCAAAAUUUAAAUUGGUGGAAAAAAAGGGGCGUAGAUCAACGCAAAUUUCCAACCUGACAUACAAACAGCAGGCAUUACUGCACCUUGCGCUGUGAUUUUAAAAGCCAAAUUAUACGCAAAUGCUGAGAACUUAAAGAGCAAGUUUAGAUUGAAAUGUAGGUAUGUAAAUGAGGCCUCAGGAUUCCCAUCCAGUCCAGAGCUCCCCAUACUAGGCACAUUUCUGUGCUUCCUAAAUCUACCACACCUCAACUAAUUAACAAGCUCCUCCUGUGCUGGGUCAAAUGUGUUAAAGCAAUGAAAACACUUUGAAAAGCACUGCUAUAAACCAACAAAAUCAGUAUGUGCUUGCAGCGUGAGCUAAAAUAAUUAAAAAUUUGACCAAAUAAAGUAACAUGAGUUUUUUUUUCUCAUGUUACCCUUUUUGAUCAUAUGAUCAACCACAUACCUUGGGAAGCAUCUUUAUUUGGCACUGAACAUUUAUGCAAUAUCAAGAGCCUUGCUAUUUAGUCAUUUAUCUUUCAACGUUGAAAACCUUCACUUUCCUACUGACCCAAAAAUCGAUUAAUUUUCUUUUGACUUAAGCUUAUCACAUUUGAACUUAACUGUGGAAUCAAAUCCACUCUACUGCUUUUUGCUCACAGUGGACUGAACAUUUAGAAAAUAAAGCAGCUACAUCAGAGGAGUCCAGUCGAAGCUGCAAAGGACUGGUGUGGUUUUCAUAACAAACAAGCAGGCACACACCUGAUUUCACACCGUGCUUUCCAUCUUCAGUUGAUCAUGUGUGCUCAUACUUAGCUCUAAUGAAAACCUGCAACCACACCGGUCAUUUGCGGAUAACCCUGGACACCUCUAAUCUACAUGGCAGAAUCUUAGUAAAACAGCUGAAAUAUACCAUAAAUCUGACGCAAAAGAAUACAUUUACAAGCCCAAAACCACAUAAGCUUUUCAGUUUACAAUCAAAUAUGUAAUGAGUAUACAUUUUAUUAAACUACUAUUUAGAAUAUGAUACUUUUUGACUGCAUCAAAAAGUAUUUUUAUAGCUUUUGUAACUAUUAACCACUUCUACUGCAGAACUAACUUACUAUAAUAAAAGAUACAUAAAAAUACCCACAUUAUAAACAUUUUGUUUAUUUGUUAGGCUUAAGAAUAAGUCCAGAGCCCAAAGUCUCUUCUUAAGAAAAAAAAAAAAAGAUCUGCAAUUAGCAUCACAGCAUCACAUGAAACUGCAGAACAAAGUACAAAUAAAAGUGGUAUUAAGCACAAGUCAGAGACAAUAACUUCUCUACAGCAUAGAGUGACCAUGGCCAUUUAUCAUCGCUGCUCAGACAUAACAGCACAACUGGUGAAAAUGAAUUGCCACACAAAACAAGAAGACUUCAGUGAACAGUGAAGUGAAGACAAGAGAAGCAGAAAGAGAGUACAGAUUCUGCAUACACAUGAGUUCUAAGGACAGGGAGUCAGUGCUGCCAUUAGAAGCUCCAUUUUGUAGACAAAGUUCCUGCCCUCCAUCCUGCUCCAGUGCACUUCCUUAUAUGGCCCCCGCAAAUGACUCCACUUUCCAUCCUGCAACACGUCACUCUUUGGCAGGUCUUUAGCCUGGCAACGUGGAAACUGAACGAGAACCUUACAGCCACUCUCGGGUCCAUUCCGUACUGCACACCCAGAGACAUACAAACAAAAGUGGUUGCACAAUUAAUUGGACAAGGCUUCCUUACUGGUGUAGUUAACAGGCUGGCAUACUUGUAAUAGGUUGCCAUACUUGCUUCAGAGUUAUACUGGGAAUUCUACACUGCGUAUUUGUUGCAACAAAUUUAAAUGUAUGUUUGUUAUAACAAUGUAUGGUCAUUCAAUCGGACAUAAUUAAAACCUUGUCCCAAACUGA